AUGCUAACCGCCGUCUGCGGCUCUCUGGGCAGCCAGCACACGGACGCGCCUGCCGCCUCCCCGCCGCGCCUCGACCUGCAGCCUCUCCAAACAUACCAGGGCCACACGAGCCCGGAGGCCGGGGACUACCCCUCCCCGCUGCAGCCUGGAGAGCUGCAGAGCCUCCCGCUGGGCCCCGAGGUGGACUUCUCACAGGGCUAUGAGCUGCCGGGGGCCUCCUCUCGGGUGACCUGCGAGGACCUGGAAAACGACAGCCCCUUGGUCCCGGGACCCUUUUCCAAGCUCCUGCAGCCGGACAUGUCACACCAUUACGAAUCCUGGUUCCGGCCGACACACCCAGGCACCGAGGAUGGCUCGUGGUGGGACCUUCAUCCGGGUACCAGCUGGAUGGACCUCCCCCACGCUCAGAGCGCGCUGACCUCACCGGGCCACCCCGGGGCGCUUCAGGCUGGCUUGGGGGGCUAUGUUGGAGACCACCAGCUCUGCGCCCCGCCGCCCCACCCACAUCCGCACCACCUCCUCCCAGCCGCCGGAGGGCAGCACCUCCUGGUGCCUCCCGACGGGGCGAAGGCGUUGGAAGCAGCAGCCCCAGAGUCCCAGGGCCUGGAUACCAGUCUGGACGGGGCGGCCCGGCCCAAAGGCUCCCGGCGGUCGGUGCCCCGCAGCUCAGGCCAGACCGUUUGCCGCUGUCCCAACUGCUUGGAGGCGGAGCGACUGGGGGCUCCAUGCGGGCCCGAUGGGGGCAAGAAGAAGCAUUUGCACAACUGCCACAUCCCAGGCUGUGGGAAAGCUUACGCCAAGACGUCACACCUGAAGGCGCAUCUGCGCUGGCAUAGCGGUGACCGUCCCUUCGUGUGCAACUGGCUCUUCUGCGGCAAGCGCUUCACGCGCUCUGACGAGCUGCAGCGCCAUCUCCAGACCCACACCGGCACCAAGAAGUUCCCCUGCGCCGUCUGCAGCCGGGUCUUCAUGCGCAGCGACCACCUGGCCAAACACAUGAAAACCCACGAGGGCACCAAAGAGGAGGCAGCCGGGGCAGCGGCGGGCGAGGGCAAGGCUGGCGGGGUGGAGCCCCCCGGCGGCAAAGGCAAGCGCGAGGCUGAGGGCAGCGCGGCUCCCUCCAACUGA